AUGCCAAUUGCAAGGAAGGAGAAACAGUUGGUUGGACAUCAGGCAAUUCAUGAGAAUCCUGGAGAAACAGCAUUCCUGGAACAAAGACUACUUUCUCACUGUGACAACCACUGCAAGCCCAACUUGUCUUUGCUGAACCGUUGUAAUAUUCCACAUUACCCUAGCUCACAGCUUAUCCUUCUUAAUUACAUCAUCCCUAACUCACAGGUCCAAAUAUUGGAGAGCGCAACAAUGAAAAUGGCUAUCUCCCUCGUACUCCCGGUUGAGACUUCCCCGACUUUGAGUGUUGAUGCGAGUUAUGCGGUUCAGAUCAGGGUUCACGCCUUCUCCCCAUCAGAAAUCUUACCUAUCUGA